AUGGCAUCAGAGCCGAAUGAAGCAACUCGACUACUGAAUAAUCAGAAUACACAGGGACAAAUAAGAAAUGGUAGGCUCUACGUUGCAACCUUUUCAGCUGUUUUGGGCAGUUUUAUUUUUGGAUAUUCCAUGGUACUUCCCUCUGCGGUGAUCCCACAGCUUCAGAGGGAAGAUGAUCCACGUCUGCACAUGGACAUUCAUCAGAUUUCCUGGUUUGGGUCUAUUUUUGCAGUUGGAACUAUAGUAGGAGGGUUAAUCGCCACUGGGAUGAAUGACAAAGUUGGAAGGAAACACAGUAUUAUGAUAUCCGUAAUUCCCUCUAUCGCCGGGUUUCUCAUGAUGGCAGCAGCAAAGGAAUGGUUGUUGCUUCUCCUGGGCAGAUUGCUCACAGGCAUUGCUGCUGGCAUCACAGCCAGCUCCAUUCCUGUCUAUGUGUCAGAGAUUUCACAUCCAGGUGUCAGAGGAUUCCUGGGAUCCAGUUCUCAGAUCAUGAUGGUCAUCGGAGGUCUGGCACUCUACGCUCUUGGCUUGGUUUUGCCAUGGCGGUGGCUGGCUAUAGCUGGCGAAGUUCCAGUUCUGAUUAUGCUCAUCCUCCUGUGCUGCAUGCCAAACUCCCCACAUUACCUCAUGAGCAACAACAAAUGGGACGAAGCCUCCAGAGCCCUCCAAUGGCUCAGGGGCCCUGAUUCAAAUUGCACUACUGAACUCAAUCAGAUUGUGCGUACUCUCAAUUCCCAGGUUCGAAUGCAGUGGUCAGAUCUUAGGAGUCCAUUCUACUACAAGCCGAUCUUGAUCUCUGUGUUUAUGAGAAUCCUGCAGCAGAUGACGGGUAUUACUCCCAUCUUAGUUUAUCUGGAGCCAAUCUUUGAGAAAACAGCUGUCUCACUGGAACCCAAGUAUGAUGCAGCUAUAGUGGGAUUUGUUAGACUGGUCAUUGGUGUGAUUGCAGGCUUUUUAAUGGACAAAGCUGGCAGGAAAUCUCUGCUCUACAUAUCAGCAUUCAUAAUGUAUAUGGCCAUGCUGACAAUGACCAUGCACAUCCACAAAACACCAUGUGAUUCUGGGAAUGUAACCGUUGAAGUCCCAAAGGAGCCAUAUGGAGUCAUGACAGGUUUUGAGUUCAACUCUGGCACACUUAUCCCCCUCAUGAGCAUCAUCUUUAUAGUAGUUGGUUAUGCAAUAGGCUGGGGUCCGAUCACAUGGCUGCUGAUGUCGGAGAUCCUGCCGAUGAAAGUGCGUGGCAUUAUUUCAGGCGUGUGUGUAAUGGUCAGCUAUGCCACUGCUUUUUUUCUGACACAAUUCUUCAUGUGGGCAGUAGAUGCACUUGGACUCUACACCCCGUUUCUGUUCUUCAGUGUAAUCUGCGUGAUGAGCAUCAUAUUCACAGCCAAGUGUGUGCCUGAAACAAAAGGGAGAACACUGGGGGAAAUUGAGAACUAUUUCAGAACUGGACGCACCUUCACCAUUGCUGAGAGUUAGCUUUACUGC